AUGACGCAAUGGCGACCUGACGCCACACUCAGCCCACCGUCCCAUACACCAGGCCCAGGCAGCGGACGCAUUUUAAGGUCACAUACUGCUGCCAUUACUGCCGCCCGUACUGCCCAGCUUGCUACUGCUACUCUCAAAGUCACAAAGCCUGCCCCGAAGCCCAAGAAACGGCGUGCGCGUGCGGAUCCAUGGGCGCCAAAGCGUAAGCCAAAUCCCAACCCGAAGCCUCGUCCACCUCCGCCAUCACACCUCACUUGUCGCAUCUGUAUUGAGGAGCGGCCAUUUGGUGAGUUUGUCAAGUGGGUACCACCAAUCCGCCGAAGGAUUUAUGCGCCUCUUGAUAUACCAUAUUCCUGCAUCCUGCACCUUGCUCGCAACCCAAAGAGAAAGAACGUUCACCCGGUCUGCAAGACGUGCAUUGGCAGAUCUCUAGCUGCCAGAAUUGAUAUGCUUGGUGCUCGCCGGGCAGGCAUAGGGUGUCUGGAGCCGGGAUGCGAGCAGCCAUGGGACCGCGAUUACAUCUUGCGUUAUAUCACCGGCGAGGCAUUGCACAAGUACAACAUGGACAUGUUCGAGGUCUGGAAGACAGACAUAUCACCCGGCUUCUUCAUCUGUCUGUCGCCGACGUGCAACGCGAUUGGCUUACCAGACAUCUUCGCGCCAGGUUUCCCACAAGUCAUAUGCCACGAAUGCUCGUUCCGGGCGUGCGCACAGUGCGCUGUACCAUGGCACAAGGACCUCUCUUGCUCAGAAUAUGCCGCCAAAACGGUGGACGAGAAGAUGACGGAUCCGGACAAGGAGAUUCUCAAGUUGAUGCAGAGCAAAGACGGCAGACGAUGUCCCAACUGCCAACUAGUGAUUGAAAAAGACGGCGGCUGUAACAGCAUGCUCUGUUCAGGGUGUAACAAGUAUUUCAACUGGGAUAGCGCAGCAUCAGCCAUUGCCGGCUCUAGGAAGGCCGAGCCAUUUCUGCGCAAUGCUGCACCUUACUGGAACAACCGCAAUGUUGGGUCCGGAAUCUGCGAACAGGAUGCCAUUGAUGCCGCUGCGGCUCCAACAACGAAAAAUCAUACCGAUGCUCCAAAUGGGAAUGGACACACAAGCAAUGAAUGA